AAGAGCGCUUUGCCGUCAUGUUUGACGUUUCUUAGCCACUUGAAACUAAAUUUGGAAACAAAACUGCAACAAAUUGAGGAUUUGUUCGGCGUACAAUGUCCCGACGCAAACAGUUAAAUCCAAAACCGCUUAAUAAAGGUGAUUGUUCUGAAACAACAGACGAGAUGACAGCCGAUAGCAGAGAUUCCAAAGAUCUGAGUCCAGCUGACUUAACAGAUGACCAACAGCACUCAGCUCGUGAAGAUCAUCGGCUUGAAGAGACUGACAUUGAAAUGGAAGAAGAUACAGAUACAAGAGAGAACGACAAUCGAAUACUUGCUAUAAAUCCACAUCGAAUAUCGCCGAUUAGAAGAGAAGAAAGUACACCGAGUCGUCCACCUAGUGUGGCCAUAUCAAAUGGUUCAAAUUCGCUGGACGCAUUUCACAAUGUCAACGAUCAUAUUGUACACAAAAUCGAACUAAAUAUAGAACGUGAAAAACUGAGAGAUCUAAAUGAAAUUAGUAUCGAAUCAACUUCAAUAAAUUCAAACGACAUACGUCCUGCCAGCAGCAGCCCACAUAAGGACGAACUGGCCGGCAACGAGACACCGCCGAUGUCUUCACCAACAAGCGUACUACCAAAAUUGCGCUUAAAUGCACUUUUGGCUUCCGAUCCGGCCUUGAAACCGGAUGCAAAAGACCUAAAAGUCUUACACGAAGAGACGCAAACGAAAAAUCGACUCGCACAGCUACCACCGCCACCGGCGCUUACCAAGCACGAAGAUAUGGACACUUUAAUGAGUGCGCCAGUAGUUAAUGUCGUGGAACCGGUGCUGAAAACGUCGUCAGUUGGCGCUUCAGCAUCACCAGCUGCCACAGCGGAUAUCCCACCACGCCUGAAAUUGUUCAUGUGCUUGCCCUGUGGCAUACACUUCAGCUCACCCUCAACAUUGGAAGCGCAUCAGGCCUACUAUUGCUCGCAUCGUAAUAAGGACAUGGAGUCUGACGGAGGUUCGCUGUCCACAGCUAUUACCGAAAAAACUGGCACAUUGAAUGCUAACACGCCCAACGCUUCUAGUGGUACCAUCAAUAUCGGCGCAGGCAAUAACGGUAGCGAACACGUCGCCAAAGCCAUCAAGACGGGGAAACAAUAUGCAUGUACACAAUGCUCUUACAGCGCGGACAAGAAGGUCUCCCUCAAUCGGCACAUGCGCAUGCAUCAAACAUCGCCCGCGCAUAGUAGCACCGCGCCACCAUCAAACGGCGCCGCCACAUUAGAUGAGGGUGGUUCUAGUCAACAAACGGAUCGUUACUGCAGCGAUUGUGAUAUUAGAUUCAAUAAUGUAAAGACGUAUCGCGCACACAAGUUGCAUUACUGCAGUUCACGCCGCAAUGAGGGACAACUAACACCCAAGUUGGAAGUAAGCACCGCUAAUGUAAUUAAACCCCCGGUAGGUGCGGCUGCCAUCAGCCCUCAGACGCGCACAAAGACGCCGACGCCAGCUAUGGUGGCCGCGGCCGCUGCGGCAGCUGCUGCUGCAGCCGCAUCGUUGCAAGCAUCACCGCCACAACCAUUUCUGGCUUUACCCACCAAUCCAAUAUUGAUAAUCCCGUGCUCGUUAAUACGAGCGGCGAGCUGGAUACCUGGACCACUCUCAUCAGCAUCAGCGUCCAUUUCAAACCCUGAUACCACCUGCUAUAUGUUGGACAACGGUAACUUGAAGCCAUUAGCCACAGCUUUGAAUAUGGGUGGAUUAAAUGCCAAUACUGCGGCGAAUAAUAAUAGCGCAGCUGCAAGCGCAAACAUUCCACAAAUGCCGACGGUCGAAACACCGCCGGUUCGUCAACCUUCGCAACCUAACAGCGACGUGCUUCCUGUGGAGAAAAAUACUGGACGUAGUAGCGAUCGCAGUGAGACCUCAACGCCAAAGCGAAAAGAUGGUGCGCGUGAGUCUGCACCAUUGGACCUCUCACUACGCCGUUCGCCUCCCUCUUAUGUCAGCCUACAACGACAGCGAGUUCACUCGGCCUCCUCCUAUGCAGAUCACGAUCAGCAACGUAUGGAUAUGGAAACUCUGUUGGAGGCAAGUAAGGAGAACUUGUCAAUGGAUGAAAGUGGCACAGUGACACCCGAACAGAUUGUAUGCGCGCCCUCAUUACCAAACAGUCCGUCGAUGAGUCCAUCGCCAAAACGACGUGCAAUAAGUCCACGAAGUUCCGGUGCCGGUAGCACAUCUUCAAUGUCACCACCAGUAAAUGUUUCGACUGCAUCGCUGGUGGCAGCUGCCGCCGCCAGCAAUAUGCUUGAUCUACCACUGCGUUCAAUGUUACCCGCCGAUCUAGCGCUGAAACUCUCCGAAACCAAUAUCAUGAAUCCAUUGCUAGCCAAACAAAACUUCGAACUCGCUUUAAAGCUCUCGGCGGCUGCUGCUGCUGCAGUAAACAACAGCACACCAGCAAAUGUGGGUAAUGGUUCGACACACGCUGAGUUGGCUGCAGCGGCGGUUGCUGCUGCCACAUCAAAGUCUUCACUACUCGGCAUGCCGGUUUUGAGCAACCCUUCCUCAGCCGGUAAUAGCGGUAACGUAGGUGGCGGAUCCAACGCUGCUGUGCAACCGCAAAUUUAUGUCAAACAGGGUGUUUCCAAAUGCAAGGAGUGCAACAUUGUCUUCUGCAAGUACGAAAAUUAUCUGGCACACAAGCAACACUACUGUUCGGCACGCAAUCAGGAGGUUGGCGAAGGUGAAGCCAAAGUGGUCAACACGUCGCCUCUUGGGGUCGGUGCGGCCGCAAGUGUUGAAACGACACCGGUCGCCUAUCAGCAACUAAUUUGUGCGGCCUGCGGCAUCAAAUACACAUCAUUGGACAAUUUGCGUGCUCAUCAAAAUUACUACUGCCCCAAGGGGGGUGGCACGGCGGGUUCAGCAGUCGUUGCAGCUGCUGCUGCGACAGCCGAAACUGGACAGUUGCCUCUUACUAAGGAGAAAUGUGGCAAAUGCAAGACAAUUCAUGAAAUUGGUUUGCCAUGUCCACCGCCGCCCGCACUGCAACAAACGCAAGGCAGCGCACAGCACAUCGCGGCGACAUCGACACUUUCAGCACCCAAUCAAAAUAUGUAUAAAUGUCCUGUUUGUGAUGUUGUCAGUCUGACAGCCACCGAGAGUCGAAAACACAUAGAGACGCACGGCACCGUAAAGGCAUUCCGCUGUAGCAUUUGCCGCUACAAAGGCAACACUUUACGUGGAAUGCGCACCCAUAUCCGCAUGCAUUUCGACAAGAAAGCCACCGACCUCAAUGAGGAGCACUACAUGUCCUGCAUCCUGGAAGAUGAGGGCUUGGAAAUCCCCAGCAUAGCUUCUACACUAAAUCAGGAACAAUUGGCGCAGCAAAUAGCCGCUAUGCAACAACAGCAACAUCAGUUGCAGCUGCAAGCUCAGCAGCAGCAACAACAACAACAACAGCAGCAACAACAAAUAUUCAAUUGCGAUUUAUGCAAUUACUCAUCUUCCUAUAAGGGCAACGUGCUACGCCACAUGAAACUGGUACAUCCUCACAUCAACAUUCACUCACCAUCAAUUUCACCUGAAGCCAAUGACCUGGAAACUGCCGAUGUAGCUGGUUUGAAUGGAGAGAGUGCCAAUUUCACCAUAAAAAGCGAGCCAAUGGAUCAAGCGCCUAACGUCAGUCUAACAAAUGCGGCACGAUUGCAAGACAAUAACAACACAACAAUAUUGGCUGCCACCUUGACAGCACCACCACCGCUGAACAGUCUCGGCGCCGAGCAAAUGCCACAUAUUAAAACUGAACCCUUGGAUAUCGGAGGCGACAGCCAACCAGCAACAACACCACUACCAGCGCUCAGCUCACCCGCUAUUGGACCACCGCCACCGCUCAAUGCUGCCACCGACGACAAUACCACAGUUGCGGCAAAUCAAAAAUAUUGUCAAACAUGUGAUAUUUCCUUCAACUACAUGAAGACCUAUGUGGCACACAAGCAAUACUAUUGCAAGAAUAAAUUACGACGCCCCGAGGCCAGCGAAAGUCCCAGCCCCAACGCUGGACUCAUGCCAAUGUCGGUGGCGUCGCCCAACUCGUUGCUGCUGUUGCAGAAGAACAAAGAGAACCUGCAGCAGGAGGCAGCCAUUUGAUAGAAUGAAAUGUGGCAGGCACGCAAGCACUGGGAGUGGUACUACAAAUGCUUCUAAAGCACGAUUGGGCAGAGAAUAAGAGCAACGGAAUUGCGAAAUGGAAACAGUUAUGCACAAAACGUACAGUAUUCGACUGGAAUCUCUGUAGAUGAAAAUACUUGAAAAUAUUAUAUAGUAUGUAUUCAAUAAUGUGUUCGGAUAAUCAAAAAGUAAAGCUGAAAUAUGUAGAGAGUAGAGAAAAACUUGAAAGCUUUUUCCAUUAUGUAAUGAAAAUAUAUAACAAAGUAAUUAUAAGUAUUUUCCUAACUUUAUCGAUUUAAUCACGACUUAUUAUGUAUGCCAAAGUUAAUUAUUAAUGCUACGGAAAUAAUUGAAAUAAAUAAUGCUAAUAGUACUUACUUGUGUAACAACAUAUGUACAUAUGUAUAUAAAGUUACAAAUAUACGAAAGCUCUUCGCCUGUAUAUUCGAAUGUCUUAAAUAUAAAUAUAUACAUACAUAUAAGUACAUAUGUAAACAUGUGGUGUUAAAAUAUUUGGAAAAUGCAAUUUUUCAAAAUAGUUUAGUCAUUUCCCUUGUAAUCUAGAAAUAUUUUUUAUGUAUUUGCUGUAAUUAUUGUAAUUCUUCUCCAGAAAAUGACAAAUAUUUGCGUAAAAACACUGUUAAAACACUUCCAUAAACAUAAAUAUGUAUAUAACUGAAGAAUAUUUCAACUUAAUCUUUCUGUUAUGUAUUGACAAUACAUACGUAUGUACAUAUGAAGCUCUAAUUAUCUUUCAAGAUUACUAAUAUUAUUAUAAUAUAAUAACGGUUCAAGCAUCUCUCACGCAGCGAAUCGCGAGCAUAUUUCGAAUGAGCCCCUCAUCAUAAGCGUACAUAAAGGCCAUGUGCGCGGGUGCAAUAGGUAUUUAAAUACAUAUAUACAAUAUAUAAGUAAGCACAUAAACUUAGGUACAAGACAAUAAUUAUUUAUUUCAAAUACAUACAUACAUAUGCAUAUGUAUGCAUAUUCAACUAAGUAGCUAUCUCAACCUAAUAAUGAAUAAAUAUGUAUUAAUAUUCCCAUUUAAUUUAUCUACUUACAUAUGUAUGUUUGUG